AUGGCGGUCCUCCGCGUCAACCGUGCUUCUGGAUUUUGUGCGUUCCCGUUUACUUCUCCGCAGAGAAGAAAGCCAAGCUACUCUCAGGUCGCCGUAACCCUAGUUUCUUCUCUCUUUCUAACGGAAGAAGAACGUUUCACAGCCGCCGAUCAAAGAUUUCGCGUCUCCACCUCAGAUCGGUUUUACUGCACUUCCAAAAUAGUUUGCUGUGUGGUCGUGUUUUGAAGCAAUCACCGUUGAGUGUCAUUCGGGUUUUUUUGUUCCAUUGUGUCAGCUAAUACCAUGGCAAGUGUUUCUAAUGGCAAUGAAAAUGCACAACCUGUUCCACAAUGUACUUACCAGAUUGUUGUGGCUGCAACUAGAGACUUAGGUAUUGGAAAGGAUGGGAAAUUGCCCUGGAAGUUACCUUCUGAUCUCCGAUUCUUCAAGGAGAUUACUUUGACAACCUCAGACUCUGGAAAAAAGAAUGCAGUCAUAAUGGGGAGGAAAACAUGGGAAAGUAUACCCCGUGGGCAUCGACCUCUGCCAGGUCGUCUUAAUGUUGUCCUGACUCGCUCUGGAAGUUUUGAUAUUGCUACUGCUGAGAAUGUUGUAAUUUGUGGAAGCAUGACUUCUGCUUUGCAAUUACUAGCUGCAUCUCCUUAUUGUAUAUCAAUUGAGAAAGUUUUUGUCAUUGGGGGUGGUCAGAUAUUUAGGGAAGCUCUCAAUGCACCUGACUGCGAUGCUAUCCACUUUACCGAAAUUGAGAUAAGCAUAGAUUGUGACACUUUUAUGCCUGUAAUUGAUUCCUCUGUAUUCCAGCCAUGGUACUCGUCAUUUCCUGUGGUGGAAAACAAUAUCCGGUAUAGUUUCAUGACUUAUGUUCGUGUUCGUAACUCUGUGGUUGAAUGCCUCAAUCAGAACAAUGAUGAGAUCUCUGAUCAGAAGCCAGACACUGAUAAGUUUGAGGUGAAGAAGUUCUCUUUCCUGCCCAAGAUGAUUUUUCAGAGUCAUGAGGAGUAUUUGUAUCUUAGAAUGGUUCAAGACAUCAUUGACAAUGGCACUCUUAAAGAUGACAGAACAGGGACUGGCACUUUAUCAAAGUUUGGUUGCCAGAUGCGAUUCAAUUUGCGAAAAACUUUUCCACUUCUCACAACAAAGAAAGUAUUUUGGCGAGGUGUUGUUGAAGAGCUUCUUUGGUUCAUCAGUGGUUCAACAAGUGCCAAGGUAAUCUUGUCUUUAUUCAAACAUCUUAGGCUUGCUUCCACUGUGCAUCAUAUCCGUCCUUUAUGUUAUUGUCUGGGAAUUGAAGAGUUUAUUCAGUUGUGUGCCACUGUUCUUCAGGAAAAGGGCAUCCAUAUAUGGGAUGGUAAUGCAUCCAGAGAGUAUCUUGAUAGUGUUGGGUUGACUGAGAGGGAAGAAGGUGACCUGGGACCUGUUUAUGGGUUUCAAUGGAGACAUUUUGGGGCUAGAUAUACUGAUAUGCAUGCUGACUACACUGGCCAAGGGUUUGAUCAAUUGUUAGAUGUUAUUGAUAAGAUUAAGAAUAAACCUGAUGAUAGAAGGAUUAUACUCUCAGCCUGGAAUCCUUCUGAUCUGAAAUUGAUGGCACUCCCACCUUGCCACAUGUUUGCUCAGUUCUACGUGGCCAAUGGGGAGUUGUCAUGUCAAAUGUAUCAGCGCUCUGCUGACAUGGGAUUGGGUGUACCAUUCAACAUUGGUUCCUAUGCUCUUCUGACAAACAUGAUUGCUCAUGUUUGUGGUAUGUUGUUUAGGAUGUGGUGUUUGUUCAUGCAUUAAAUUGCUAGAAUGAUUAAUAUUAAUGGGUAUAUGUAGUCAUCUGACCAAUUAUUGGGCAUACAACUCUUGGUCCCAUAUGUAUUCUGAGUUAAACUGAGGGGCCGGUAUCAAUGCAGAUGCUUGAAUUUCAAUCUUUAUGGUUCAUUAUGGAAUAUGAGGUUUCUAAUUUUAUUUGGCUGAAGAAACAACUUGACCAUGUUGAGUAAUGUUAUUUUGGUAAACUAUGCUCAACCAAAGGUUUGGAACUUCUUAAAAUGAAAUAAAGCAAUGAGCAAAAAGUGAAUAGAAGUCCAAAAUUGAUACAUAAUCAACGUCUCCAUAUCCCCACUUCUCUUUAGGUGGAUUAUAUAAUCAUUUUCUGUUUGUUUGAGUGCAUCACAAUUUGUGUUUUUAACAUACUAUCUUCAUUUAUCUCUUAUUUAUGUACAGAUCUUGUUCCGGGUGACUUUAUCCAUGUUAUCGGGGAUGCUCAUGUGUAUUGCACUCAUGUCAGGCCCUUGCAGGAGCAGCUUCAGAAGCUGCCAAAGCCUUUUCCAAUUUUGAAGAUCAAUCCUGAGAAAAAGAAUAUAGAUUCUUUUGUGGCAUCUGAUUUCAAACUCAAAGGUUAUGAUCCUCACCAGAAAAUAGAGAUGAAAAUGGCUGUGUAGAGAUCUCUUGCAUGUUCGGUAAUCUUAGAGGCUCCAGUCCACCUAGGCAGUAUUUGCUCAGUUUUGAGGCCCAUCAACUGGAAAGGCUUCUGUUCAGUUAGUAGUCUUAUCACAGAUUGCAAAAAUAAAAAUUUGCUAAUUGAUGAAUACACUUCAAGGUUCAUAUGUACUCUGAGAGAAUCCUUUAGUUCCGCAUAGUUUCGGUGGUUCUGAAGUGAUUUAUUACAAUGUUUGAGGUUUUAUGAGACUAUUGAUAGGAAUUAUAUUCUGUGCAUGAUCCCAAGUUCUUUCAGUUGGAGUUCUUGUUUGGGAUAAUAGAAUAUUGAUCUUGUUGUUUGGGCAAGAGCCCCUAACUCUUGUUGGAAAGAUUGGCAGAGGAUCCGAUUACUCAAUGAUAAAUUAUUAUGUCAAAU